AUGCUUGCCGCUCUCGCAAGUGAGCGCAAAAUCGACCUCAUUGAUCGCCGGCUCGAUGGCGUCGUCCGCUUGCUGGAAGACCUCAAGCUGAAUUGGCCGCCGCCGGCAUCACAGCCGUCGCAGUCCCAGACAGCCUCAACCUCGAACCCUUCACCAGCGGCAAGGAACGUGCAGUCGUCCUUUUCGACGCCGUCAAGCCAUGGUGCCCAGUCCGUCCCCGCGGGUCCAGUAGUGGAAGGCGACUCUUCGCUGGCUGCGCACUCUGUAUUCGCCAAUGAGUUCCUCCAAAAGGUGGUCAACACCGGGGACCUCCAGGGUUCUGGCCUCGAGCUGCGGGAGACCCUCAACUCUCUUCACCACAUUGUCGACGCCUUGAAGCAGCAGACCACGACCAGUGAAAUGGCGUACCCUCAUGGAAAGCCUACUUCGCGUCCUGUGUUCCAGACCGCCGACCUGCCUCCAAUUAAGAAGGCCGUGGCUCUUCUGAGGACUGCCACUUCGCAGUGGCUGGCGAGCACUAGUUGGAUAUUUGAAUUUCUCUCGAAACAGCACUUCACUGACCUUUGUCUCGGGGUAUACUUUUCUGAUGACCAUCUGGACACCGAUUACAUCACAGUCAACGCUGGCCUCUAUGCCCUUUUCCUCGACCAAUCGUACCAUUGUCCUCCAGAAGAGAAGGAGGAGAACUUGCAAUACGCCCGAAUAUGCAAAGAAAACUUGGAAACGGCCCUCGCAAAUCUGCCGUUGCAUCUGCCCGCUUCGAACGACGUUCUCCUGGCUCUCCUGUUCGGAGCUUUCCAUGCCAUCGAGAUCUCCAAACCCUCGCUUUCGUGGGUCCUGACUUGCAAAGCCUCGGAGCUGUGCCAGACACUAGGAUAUCACCGCGCCUCCUCGAUGAAGAAUGACAAGCCCGAAGACCGAGAGUUCAAGGUAUUCGUCUUUUGGUCCGUCUAUUUUAUCGACAAGAGCCUGUCUCUCCGCCUCGGGAGAGCUUCCACCAUCCCUGACUGGGAUGUAACCGUCCAGCCGCCUGACGUAAAGACAGCUGACAAGAGGGCCCUCGUGGGCUAUUUUUGCCUCUGGAUCAAAGCGGCGCGGUGCCAGGGCAAUACUUACGAGAAGCUGUACAGCCCAGAUGCGAUCAAGCAGCCCGAUAGCGUCCGUUUAGCUCGUGUUGAGAAGCUGGUUUCGGACCUGGAAGACUUAGAAGUCGAGUCAAGGCAGACAGACGCGAAGUGGCUGAAAGCCGCUGAACAAUACGUCGGCAAACCACUGAUGGAGUUUUUUGUCAUCUCUGAUGAGGUCCUGAGGCUCGGGCUCCUCACCAUGGUUUAUAGGGCGGCCCCGCGUCCAGCUGGAUCCUCGACGACUUUCACCGCGGAAUGCAUAAACGCCGCACGAGUUACCCUGGCGAGGCACCAGGACUGCAUGGUAGUCCUCGACAAGACAGAGUCGGCCCUCUUCCCGACGUAUAUCCACUGGACUUUGCUCUUCGCCCCAUUCAUCCCCUUCAUCGUCAUUUUCUGCAAGGUGAUCGAGACGCAAGACCAAGAAGACCUCGCCCGCCUGCACGCCUUCAUCACGUCCAUUAAGAACGCGCCCGCCGUUUCCGACGCCGCGGCCAAGAUGCACCGCCUCUUCGAGGUCCUCUACAGCGUGGCGUUGCGCUACGUCGAGUUCCGCGUGUCCACGCCCCCGGCGCAGCAGGCGCAGGCCAACGCAGAGAUGAACACGUACCUCGCGCAGCUUGGAUUCCCGGCGACGGCCGGCGAUCCAAACGUGGUCGCCAGCCCCGGAGCGGACUUUGGUGGUCACCAAGCGGAUUCGGCGGCGGCAGGCGCUUUUGACAGCACGUUUGGUGGCGGUCUCGGGGAUACGACGAUGCAGGGCGCCAACCCAAUGAUGUGGAUGGGCAACACGGCGCAGCUGGAGGACUGGUUUUACAGCAACCAGCAGAUGAUGGGGUUGCUCCAGGAGCCGAGCUUCAAUCUGCCCAACACGCAAUGA